AUGGAACACGCUUGGCUGGACUCCCUCUCUGAGGACUGGGUUUCUCAGCUUGGUUCAGAUCCCUCACACCCUGCCCAUAGCCUCUCGUUGCCGAGAUCAACGAAGCGCCACGGAUCAAGACAUCGUUCCAAAAGCGGGCAGAUCAAGCUCGCGCGCCCUGAGUUCGGGACCGUGCAGUCGCAUUCAACACGGUCAGACAGUAGCAACAUUCUCAGUGAGAGGAGCGCCAACGACAUCAAUAUUCCUCUGUCACAUCAUGGGCCGUCCAAACUAUCACAGGAGUUCAAGGCUUCAUCAUCACGCACUCGAGUGCCAGAUCGGUCGGUCUCUGUCUCGACCACAGAUUCCGUCAUUCAUAACACGGUUGAUCGCAAGACGUCGGGCGCGUCGCCUCUCAAGGACAAAGGCGACACUCCAGAAUGGAAACGGAGGCUGAUCUAUGGGGAUCUUUCGUACGGAGAGCAGCGUGAUCUUUUCACUUCAGCGGCAACAGGACUCGAGAACAUCUUCAAGCCGCCUGUGAUGGAAGGCAACGACCUCGAAGACCUAGAUGAGGAGGAGGAGGAUGACGCGGCGGAGUAUCGGGCACAGCAUAACGCCACAAUGCCUUCGAGCCCGCCUAUUCCCUCGGGCGAGGAUUCUUCGAUAAUCCAUGCCGAUGAUCCUGUCGCUCAACAUGCGCAGGACCAAAACAGCCGACCGAAAACAAGAAUGAUGAAUUACAGGCCAAACGAUGAGUCCUCGAUAUGGAGUGCAAAUACUGGGAUGUCCGGGACGGCAGAAGAGGUGAACUCGCCCUCAGAGCCCAGCUUACCUUCAGUCCCUUCGCUGCCUGCCACAUUAGUCGAUGGUGCCGAGUCGCGCAAGGUCAGCGGCCAAAGCGUUCUGCGCCACGAGGACUUUAGUCCCAUAGUGCUCACACAUAGGACUCCUGGUCCUGGUGGUGCACGGCCCGGCCUGGUGUCUCUUGAUGUCCAGCCUCACGACCUCAGACAGCGGUUGGAAAAACUGCGCCGCAACCAAAUGAGGCUCGCCAGCGAAAUCGAUAGCGUCACAAACACAUCUUUACCCUCGGCAGCCUUCGCGCCCUCCAACAUAGACAACACGAGGGAAUAUGAGAAGAUGGGUGGCUUCAUCAACUUUCGCAGAGGUGGAAGGUCUGCCGAGGGCUCAUUCCAGCAUAGACCUCUCAGCCCGCCGCUGCCCACGGAUACUUCCGAAAUGCUUCCAGAGGAAUCCUUGCAGGCGAGCACACCGAAGCAAUUCCCCACCGUCAGGAUCGAUCAAGCCCAGGCAGCUCAGACGAGAUUCUCAGCUGGUAGCCCCCCACUCCCACGGGCGCCGAACCCGAGCCCCGAGAAGAGAGACAUCUCGGGUCAGACCACCGGAGGGAGUCCGUUGAAAUUAUUUGGACCCUAUGAUACUUUUACGAAUCAAACUCUUAUGCGGCGGAUCAGCCAAUUCGAAGAUCAGAUCUCCAAUGGCUCCCAAACCUCGAUUAAACGACAUGCGCCAGCGCAUGAGGCACCAGAGACAUCGCACACAGAGCUGAACAAGGCAUUUGUCGCAAGCCCUCAGAAAGUGGCCCCCGAAGAAGGUUCUCGCCGGCCAUCAGCCCGAUUCGGUGCUGGUGAGCUCGACGGGUACGAGUUUCAUGAAGAAAUGUCGCUGAAUUCGCAGUCUGGUUUGGAUGUUGCGGCGGAGACGGAAGGGUACGACGACAUGUUUCCCCCCGGACAUCAAGAACCGCACCAUGUUCUCUCUGAGACUAGCCUUGUCGACGAUGCUACUCCUGAUGAGAGUAGUGAUUUGGUUAUCACCAGACGACGGCAACGCUCCAGUACUACAAGCACUAUGCACUCUGCCAAACAUCAGGGCACCUUUGACAAGGGCGAUGUUUCUGAAAUGUCAUUACCAACGCAUGGUAACGUAACCAUGUCGACUCCUCAACGGCGUGAUGCUACUUCGGAAAGCAAGCGGCCGAGGACUUCGCCUUCCAAGGAUCCUACACCAAAACGUCGGCGGACUCUUCACAAAUCUGACAUCGCCUAUGCUGCUGGGCAGUCCAAAUUCGUCAUUGAUCCGGUUCAAUCCUCUCACCAGCAAAUGCAGUCUGUGAUUGGGAGGAAACGGCGGGACGCCAGAGACGGAGAUUUGCAGCAGCUGGCCAAUCCAAGCGUACUUGCGGCGCGUCAAAUACUGCGCCCUCGCACACCCACUCCUAGCCAGAGGUCCUCGGUACAGAGAGAGGCGCACCCAUUUGAUGCAGAUGGCGACGAACCCCUGUCCGCCAAACAGCCCGCGCACCCUCUUCGUCCAAACGGGCCUCAUCCCGUUGAUGAUGUCGAAGGAACGGACCGAAAACCUUCCAUCAGAACAGAGGACUUCAUCAACGAGGCCAACAAGAUCAUGGCAAUCAUUCGAAAUAGGGCUGGUGUCCAAAGCGGACUCGCCAGUGUGGAAGAAUCGGAUCUCGAGCAUGGCAAUGCGCCACCCGAGGAUGUCGAUGACUCAGUUCAGGAGUCCACGAAGGAGCCGCUCUCAAGGCCUCCCAGUCGUGAGGGCCGCCCGAUUCCCCGGAUAGCUCCUCGACAGGAAGAUCCGGAGCUCAUCGCUCGUUUGAAGAAAUACGAGGAGCGCAGUGAUAUGGGUGAUGUCAUCAACUCGUCCGUCCGCUCCAUGAGUUUAGCUCAGGAUGCAAUCAGAGCGGCGAAGCAGGUCGAGGAGGGCAUACAACAUACCAUUAGGCACAGCACCGCACGAGCCACAGUUGACCUCUACGAAGAGGUCAUCAGUGAUCCGCCCAACAUUAGAAUCUCUAUGAAUCCCGUCAAAAUGGGAUCUCAGCCUGGUCAGAACGGCGAAGCCGGUGACAGUCUUCGAGACGGGCUCAAUUCUCGAGGGUCUUCCUCUGGGAAUUCCACAGGAAGAUCUAUCCCAACCACAUCAUCUAGAGGCUCCGAAUCGAAGAGAAGGAUUGCCCCUGAGACCGUCUCACACCUCAUCCCUGAUCAAGUCGGCAACAUGUUUCUAGAUCGGCAACACAAUAUCUGGAUCAAGAAGAAAAACCGAGAGCCUUCUAGGGGUAUGCAUAGCAUUCUUCCGUCCGAGAAUAGCGAAGACGAUCCCUUUGCCGACAUUCCAGACCUGUCUGUUGACAUGACCAUGGAGCUUCGCAAUCUCGCGCGGAAAGCCGCGGCAGAAAAGACUGCAGAGCUUGCAGGCAAUGCCAACCUGGCUCAUAGCUCCCCACAAGCACAACCUCGGCACAACGCCAACUUCUCUGAGUAUUCCAGAGUCUCUUCAGUGGAGCGGCCACCUUCCCAAAGGGACACCUCGAUCUUGUCCCCAAGUUGGCUGAUGAGCCAAUUUGCCGAGACGAGCGACGACGAGGUUGAGCAUGAAAUCGGUAUCUACGAGGACCGGAAACAGUACGAUACUCCGAGGAGGAAAAAUCUCACCAUCAGCUUCUCCUCACCAAUCGCCUCUAUUAUUCAGGAUGUUGUUGCAGACAAUCUCAAUGAGAGCGGCUCUGAAGACGGUGGUGAAAUUUCGUUUGUCCAAGCGGUUGAGUCUGGUCGCGGGCCUUCAUUGAAGACGAAGAAUCCUGCACGUGUGGUGCCGUUGAAGUCCAGGAGCGCCUCACUAGGCUCUGGAAAGCCGAUGUCUCUCAGAGGAGAGACUUUCAUCCCAAGGCCAGUUUCGCGUAUUGAUGAGAGAGACGAAGAUUCGAGCCAUGUCGCAGAUGCCUCUCUGAGAAAUCAAGAGCUCAGUGUGGUCGGCGAUGAGCACAUGUCAAACUCCAUCUUGCAUGAACAGCGCCAAACGAGUGUCAGCUUUGUGGUGGCAACACCGGCUCGACCCAAGGCUCGCGUUCAGUCCGAUACUGAAGAGGUCCUGGCUGAAUACGUGGGGAUGUUGUCGUUGACCCCGUUAUCAGAAUUCACAAUUCACGAUCAAUCCAUGGGCCUCGAGGCCAGCUAUAUCCUCGGAAACCGGCAUCUGGUCACCGGUGAAGGGAAGAAACGAAUCAUGUCACAGACUUUGAGGGACCUUGUUGACCGACUUACGGAAGUCGAACCUUUCUUGCCACAAUGGGAAGAGAUGGAAGAACUCAAGAUCCAAGACAAGCAGCUCACGAGCUUACACAUGCUCGAUGAGUUCUGUGGUCGGUUGGUGACAAUCGAUGCGUCCGAGAACGCCAUUCGAAAUGCCAGUGGCAUUCCAAACUCGGUGCGCAAUCUGAGAAUUGUGCACAACCAAUUGUCAGAGCUCACUGCAUGGGGCCAUCUCUCCAAUCUGCAAUAUCUAGACAUAUCGGGCAACGACAUCAAAACGCUGUCUGGGUUGAAGAACCUGGUUCACCUGCGCAGCGUCAGGGCUGACAAUUGCAAUCUGAGAGACAUCAACGCCCUGAAGGGCCACGACGCGCUCCAGAGCUUGAGAGCCCGCAACAACCAGAUAACUAGUGUCGAUUUCCACGGAACGAGACUACAGAGACUGACCGAGCUGGACCUCGAAGGGAAUCAGCUUACCGAAGUGCUCAAUCUUGACCAGUUGCCCUGUCUGUCGUCCUUGAAUCUUCAGAACAACAAGCUCGAGUCGCUAUUCACGGAGCUCAAUCAACACCUGAACUCGCUCAGAGUCCUCAAAGUGAGUGACAAUCACUUAAGAAGCCUCGAUGUCAGCGGUAUGCCACUGCUGCACGUCCUCUACGCCGACAGGAAUCGGCUCGUCACUAUGGAAGGCUUUCCUGGAACACCGCGACUCGACAGUUUGUCAUUGAGAGAACAACUUGGUUCAACCUCACUGGAUGUUUCAAGUGUGUACUACGCGUGCGAAGUUCGGAAGCUGUACUUGUCUGGAAACUUGCUCAAGAAGUUUGAACCUCCGACUGAGUUUCUCAACCUUCAGCUGCUCGAGUUGGCCAACUGUGGGUUGGAAUCGCUCCCUGAAGACUUUGGUCAGCUGAUGCCGAACUUGAGGAAGCUCAACCUGAACUUCAAUGCCAUGGCCGAUCUCAAAUGCCUCCGGAACAUUCCGCGCCUGAAGAGGCUUUUUGCGGCAGGGAAUCGACUUGGCAGUGCGUUAUCCACGGUCGAAGUGCUGGCCGAAUUCCCUUUCUUGGCGGAAGCGGACUUCAGGGACAAUCCAAUCACCCAGGGCUUCUACAGCCCUCUGCAGGUUGUCGCAUCGGUGGACCGCCAAUGCGCGGUUGAUCCCUUUUUGCUGCCAGACGCGGAUGUUGAACGCGACCAGGCAUACUGCAGUCGGCUGGACUUGGGUACGGGGAUGCGCCGUCGAAUCUACGAGCAGGUUUACGGAGAGUCUUGUCUCCGACUGAAGAAGUUGGAUGGCCUUCCGGCACGCAAGGACAUCGCUCAGGUCCGAGACUCUGUGUGGAUGGCACUGGUCAUGAGAGGUGUCGUCCCGGGUGAGGACGGGACUUUGUUGGAGGCAGUCGAGUCCGAGAAGCAACUUGAAGAAAGCCGGUGGGCAGCAGAGGACAGCUUCGCAUGA